CCAGAGGGGUUCUCUAGGUUCACACAGCUGGAACCCAUCUCCAGGAACAAACAGCUGGAAGCCAUCUUCAGUUGGAGGGAAAUUUCCAGAUUUUUCAGGAGUCUUUGUUGGAAGAGAUGAUGAUGUGCCUGGGUCCCCUGGUGUUGGUCUUCAUGCUGGGUCUGGGUCUGACCCCACCGACCCUGGCUCAGAAUGACUCCAGGUACGAACACUUCCUGACCCAGCACUAUGAUGCCAAACCAAGUGGCCGGGGUAGCAGAUACUGUGAAAUCAUGAUGGCAAGACGAGGCCUGACGACACCCUGCAAAGACACCAACACCUUUAUUCAUGGCACCAAGAACAACAUCAAGGCCAUCUGUGGUGAUAAGAAUGGAAAGCCUUACAUGGACGCUUUCAGAAUAAGCAAGUCUGCCUUCCGGGUCACCACUUGCAAGCAUGCAGGAGGGUCCCCCCGGCCUCCGUGCCGGUACAGAGCCACAGCAGGGUUCAGAGACAUUGUUAUUGCCUGUGAAAACGGCUUGCCUGUCCACUUUGAUGAAUCCUUUUACCGUCCAUGACCAGCAGGCCACUGGCCCGGAGUUGGCUCUGCUUUCCUUCCCUUGCAUUUCCCUGUCCAUUCCAGAACCGUGGUGGCAACGGUCGUUGCCAGGGGCCCAGAAAAAUGAGUUACCUGUAUCUUUUGCUUCCUGUUUUAUAAUAUGUUUCAUAAAUAAAAAUGUCUCUGAAAUCAGUAAGAAUCAAAA